AUGAACGAGUCCAGCAGCUCCCUGCUCAGCAGUGGGGAAGCCAGGAGACCCCAUCCUAGAUACCAACUGCCCCAUGAGCCUGAUCCAAGCUUUAGGAGGCCUCUAUGUCACCCCCGGGAUAGUGGACUUGCUGGGGAGAGAAGGCACCAGUCCUCAAGGACAACCGAGAGCCCACCAAUAAUGAGAAGACUUCCUCAACAGGAGGGAGGAAGAAGGAACAGGCAGCCUGGUAGCCCACAUUUCCAGCAGAACCAUGCUAAUCACCAACGCUACCCUUCCACUUAUCCCCAGCACCCGUCCAGCAAGUACCAGUCCUGCAGCCCACCUCCUGACCACCACAGACACAUCCAGCACCACCCCAAUUAUCCAAGUCAUCACCAUCACACCCCCACUCACCAGCCUCAUGUCAGUCAGACCCAAAACACCCAUCAUGCUCAUCAGCACAUAUACUCAUCUAACCACAGGCAAUCUCCAAGCCCUAAACAGCAAUGCCCUAGUCCCAGGCAAAAUACCCAAACCCCCAGGCAUCAUCAACCUAGUCCCAGGGACUAUCCACCUAGUCCAAGAGAGCAUACACCUAGCCCCAAGCAGAUGUCUCCUAUUCCAAGGGAACAGCAAGAAGGUGGCCAAGAACACAGGGCAAAGAAGAAGGACUCUGGAAAAGGAUCUGAAGGUCCCUCCACUCAGCCCUUUAAAGUCCAUGACCUUCCUCCAGCUAAGAGCAGUGACAGUGACCCUGAGCCAGACACUGAGCCUCUCUUUGUGGAGUUGCACCCCAUCCUCAGCUCUGUGUUUGGUCAGGACAGAGAACUACGUCCAGAGGAGAUAGAAGAACUAAGAGAAGCCUUCAAAGAGUUUGAUAAAGACAAGGAUGGAUACAUCAGCUGUAAGGAUCUAGGGGAUUGUAUGAGGACCAUGGGAUACAUGCCAACAGAGAUGGAGCUGAUAGAACUGUCUCAGCAAAUCAAUAUGAACCUUGGAGGUCAUGUGGACUUUGAUGAUUUUGUGGAGCUAAUGGGCCCUAAGCUACUUGCAGAGACAGCUGAUAUGAUUGGAGUGAAGGAACUUCGGGAUGCUUUCAAGGAGUUUGACACCAAUGGAGAUGGGGAAAUUAGUACAAGUGAACUACGGGAAGCCAUGAAAAAGCUUCUUGGGCAACAGGUUGGACACAGGGACAUAGAAGAUAUCAUACGGGAUGUUGAUCUGAAUGGAGACGGACAGGUGGACUUUGAAGAGUUUGUUCGCAUGAUGUCGCGCUGACUUGGUGAACGGAUGACCAUGUCCCCCAUCUGACUGCGCUGCAUUGGCAAAGCUGUGCCUGAACUAACCCACUAAAGUCCUGGACGUGAAAGGGGAGUGCCCACAUCAGCCAUAAUAUCCCUAACUUGGAGGUGGUGUCACCAUGCCUCCUCCCUGUACUCUUGCUAUGGGAUACAGCACAGGCCAUUCUUCCAUCUGACCCUGCUGCUUUGACUUGUUGUGUGCCAUCCCAAACUAUUAAUGUGACAUCCUACAUAUGGAGAACCCUGAGAGGCUUCUUUCUGACUUUUGUGCAAUAUGAUGAAGUCUCCAAAACAAUGGGAACAGUAAAACUAUAUGUGCAUGAGCCAGCAACCUUCAUGUGACUUUACUCCCCGAGGAUUUGUGCAAUAAUAGAAUAGAUUCUGCUUCCUGGAUUUUCCAAGACAUAAAUGGCUAUAAAUAACUAGUACAUAAUAAUUCUUCUGGGUUUACAGUGAAAAGAAAUAUGUUGAAGAGAAUAUAUGUAUGUAUUCAGAGACUAUACACAUGGCCCUAGCACUUACCUACUGUAGUGAAACAUCUAAUGCAAUAUUAUGUCUAUGAUGAUCCAAAAAAAUGUGGUACUCCAAAAUAUUAGCAACAAAUGCCAGAAUAAUUUGAAGCCUAAAAGUUAGUUCAUUCAUGCCCACAUUCUUUCUUUACAUAUAUUCCAUCUCGUUUUUCAUAUCCUCCUGACAUCAUUUCAUAGCAUUGCAUGUGACCUGCACAAAAACCCACUUUGGUCUCGUCAAAACAGAAACCGAAGGAAUAAUAGCAAUGAUAGCAUUACUAUGGUAAGGUGCUGCCAUAACUACUUUUGGAUCCUUGACACCCAGUGGACCAUAAACAUCGACUGCCUCUGAACUGUUAUUUUUUCAUAUCUGCAACAUAACAGGUUUACCUUGUAGCUACAGCUACAUUUCCCACAGCAAACUGUAUUUUUUCUCAUGUUCAGAUCAUAUCAUUCUGCUCCGUAAGCCCAUAGUCAUGAUUUCAACUGGUAUGAACAUUAUAUAGCUGCACACAGAAAUUUAUUUUUUUAUGUGUAUUUUUUCUUUGAAAAAAACCCAAACAUUUUCCAUAUAUUCCUUGACAUGAUCGUACACAUCCAUUCUCAUGGAUUAUAAUUCUCAGUACCUGGUAUCACAAGGCAUAAACAGCUGUGGCCACAGUUUAUCAAGACAAAGGUGUUCCUGUAGCUCAGCAAAACAGACCAGUACCUCGAAACUCCUUUUCUGGAAUCACAAGACCUUUAAUUUUAUUGUCCCUCCAGCUUUAUCCAUGUAAAGCAAAUCAAUGUCACUUGCUUUGAUCGCCUGUACCAUCAUAAGGAUAGCGUCUCUGAUGGAAUGAGACAGUGUAAGAAAUUUACCUUCAGGCUUGAACUGGCCAUUCACAUUACCAGCAUUUCCACCAUGGCCCCCUGAGGGUAUAGGUCCCUCCAGCAUAUGAAAGUAAAGCAAAUCUUGGGAAACCUCAUCUUUGUGUUUGAACAGUUUCCUAACAUAUAUGCUAGAGAAUGAAGUGCAUGUUAGAUAUUAUAUGUUACUUCUGGGUCAUUGUGAACAUCUACAGUAGAACUAGUUCUCCUGUUGGCUUCCUUCCUGCACUAUCGACCAUCAUAUUAUAUGUGUAUGCUACAUAAUGUGUGUAUUUGUUUCUGUGUUUUUUUUCUUGUUUAUAUACUAUUGAUUGCAUUUUCUAAAGGUCUGGUUUUCAUAGAAACCAACAGUGCCAACGACAUUAAUAUAGGUACAGCAUUAUCAUGGUGUGUGUGUUCUGUGCAUGAUUAUUUUACUUUGCACUCACUUAAAGACUGCAAUUCACAUUUUUGGCACCAAACACACAAAUAAUGUAGCAAAAGCUAUCAUCCCAAAAACAAAAUUGUUUCUUUUUCAACUUUCUUGGCUUUUGAGAUUCUCAGGUCUCAAAGUCAUAACUGAUGUAACCCCACAUUGCUUCAUUUUGUUGUUUCAGGUAUUUGUGUAUUUUUGUAUUUUUA